AUGUCGCGACCCUGCCAGUUCACGACCACGGCGCUGUUGUUGGUACUCUGCAGCACAAGGGGCGCUCUAGCUGACGAUCCACUUCGGUUCCUCUACCCGGACAAGGAAGGGCUGGAAUUUCACUACCUCGACCGAGUCGAUGUCUCGUACGAGAGCAAUUUCUCCGCGCCUUUCCUGUUCACUUGGUGCGGCCAAGGCAAUGCUCAACAAGCACAGCAAGACCGCCCGGAUCCAGGCAAUGCGACAACGCAGAUCACACUGCAAUUCACCAGCGACGGAAAUUUAGAUUGCUGGUUUAACCUCCGCAUUCACGACCUGGGCGACUCGUCUCCACUGGGGACGAAUUCGCCGGGGUUCACUUAUGUCUACACUACCAGACAAGGAGGGCCGGCGACAUUAGGCCUCCCAACAGCCACACAGACGUCUGUCUCGACGCCGACCGCUUCGAGCGUCAUCACAGCAACGGUCACCAGUUCUUCAACACCUCCUCCAAGUGGCCUCUCGACCGGAGCAAAAGCGGGCAUCGGAGUCGGCGUUGCCGUUGGGGCCAUAGCCAUCGCGGCCGCGGCCGGGGCCUUCAUCUUCCGGCGGAGAAGGAGAGCAAAGAGUGGGCUGAGAAGAACGGACGCCAGGGAUGUUAGCGACGGGACAUCGCCAGGCCUGUACCCGGAAUUGCAUGGCGAUCAACAGGCGGCGGAGCUGGGAGGGAUGGGGGCUUCCAAGGGAAAAUAUGCCCCUGUCGCGCCGGGAAGCCCUCAGGAGAUGCCCGCUGACCAUCACAGCCCAGAGAUUGAGCGGCAUGAGCUCCCGGCCGGUCUCGACGGGAGGGAUGAGGGGAAUUUUCGGCAGUGA